CGCUCUCGCUCUCCCUCGCUCACUUGCACACACAUACUCACACACCGGGCCGGAGCGCGCGAGCCCCAACACACCCUCUACCGGAGAGCGAACUAACGGCUUGCAGGCUUCAGGCUCCUCCUGAAAGUCUGACAGACCGAAGCCACGCUGAAGUACGGAGACUCACUCACUCACACAGAGCGAUAGAGGAGAAGAGAGACCGCGUGCGCGCGCGUGCGUGAAUGAGCGAGAGAGACGGAGAGACCGGGAGCGUGCGCGUGCGAGACUGAAGAGAAGAAACAUCUCCAAAAGUCCGUUGGCUGUUUAAAUUUGAACUGAGCUCGAGACGGCGUUGUCCCUCAGCGGGGCUAACGGUCACCGGAGCAGCGGAGACAUGGAGAAAGUUUUAACCUGCCUCUUCACCGCCGUCAGCCUGCUGGUGUCCGCCAGGGGACAGGUGUACAAAGACUCUUCCUAAAUCUUCUCUUGCUCUCAGAGCAGACAAGAGACUCGAAUACAUCAGCAGACAACAGUGAGCGCAUGAAUAUGGAAGCAGACAAUAGGAGGUAUCAAUCAGCAAUCAGCUAACAGCCUGCCUUUAGAACCCAGCCAAAACACAAACUGUAAGGGUGUGAAAGCUCAGGCCUAGACAAAGGUGCAAAUGAUCUCAAGGCGAUUGCAGCUUCGAGAAGCCGUUCACCGCGUGUGGCUACAGCCAGGGACGAGAUGACGACCUUGACUGGGAGCAGGCCAACACCAAAGAAAAGCCUUCAGCAAACCAAUGGAUGCCUCCUGGUUCUACCUUCAUGAUGGUGAACACGUCAGGUCGUUUUGCCGGACAGAAAGCCCUUCUCCUGAGUCCUCAGCUCAAAGAAAACGACACACACUGCGUCAUCUUCCAGUAUCUAGUGUCAGGCAGAGAGGGGGGCAGCCCCGGACACCUCAACAUCUAUAUCAAGGAGAAUAACAGCCCUAUGGGCCUGCCUGUGUGGAACACCUCAGGACCUGUCAGCAGGAGCUGGAACCAAGUGGAGCUCGCCAUCAGCACCUACUGGCCCAACUUCUACCAGAUCGUCUUUGAAGUGGUGACCUCAGGCCAGCGCGGCUUGCUGGCCAUCAAGGAUGUUGCCGUCCAGGGCCAUCAAUGCAUGACCACGCCCCACUUUCUCCAUAUAAAAGGAGUAGAGGUGAAUGCAGGGCAGACGGCUACCUUCCACUGUACUGUCAAUGGAGAGUGGAGAGACAACUUUAAUCUGUGGCUACAGGGCAUUGGAGGACGCGAGGCUCCUAUGAAGGCCACUAAGCCGUGGAAUAACCAGCGCUUCAUUGGCAUGUUCGACGUGGUGAACACAACCAAGCAGGACUCUGGCCGCUACCGCUGCAUCGUCCACUCCAACAAGGGCGUAGGGGUUUCCAACUAUGGAGAACUGACCAUCAAGCAGCCCCCAGUGCCCAUUGCCCCACCCCAGCUGACAGCAGUGGGAGCAACCUACCUGUGGAUUCAACUCAAUGCCAAUUCCAUCAACGGGGACGGCCCCAUCAUAAACCGUGAAGUGGAGUACCGCACUGUGUCUGGAACCAUGUACGACCUGCAGCCUGUGGACAAGACCUCUCACAAAAUUGGCCACCUGGAUCCAGACACUGAGUACGAGAUCAGCGUGCUGCUUACCCGGCCUCUGGACGGGGGCACUGGCGCCCCGGGACCACCACUCAGAGCUCGUACCAAGUGUGCUGAGCCCAUGCAUGGCCCUCGGCAGCUGAAGGUUGUGGACAUCAAGGCCAGGCAGGUGACCAUCCGCUGGGAGCCGUUUGGCUACAAUGUGACCCGCUGCCACAACUACAGCCUGACUGUGCAGUACCGGGCCCGUGCUGGUGGAAAAGAGGACAGUCGGGAGGAAGUAUACUAUGACAGCAAGAGCUCCGCCCCCCAGCACACCAUCCACAACCUGACGCCUUUCACCAACCUAAGUGUCAAAUUAGUGCUCCGCAACCGUGAGGGCGUGAAGGAGAGCGACGAGAUCCACCUUCAAACUGAAGAGGAUGUACCGGGGGCUGUUCCUCUAGACUCCAUCCAGGCCAGUGUGUACGAGGAGAAGAUCAUUCUCAAGUGGAGAGAGCCUGCUCACACCUAUGGAGUCAUUACUCAGUAUGAGAUCUCCUAUAAAGCAGUGAGUUCGUUCGACCCCGUUUUGGACCUCUCCAACCAGAGCGGCAAGGUGAUCAAGCUGGGUAAUGAGACGAGCCACGUGUUUCUGGGCCUUUACCCAGGCUCCACAUACUCUUUUAGUCUGAGAGCCAGCACAGCCAAGGGCUACGGAUCCCCAGCCAUUACUCAGGCCACCACCAAGAUCUCAGCUCCCUCUAUGCCUGCCUAUGAUCAGGAGACGUCUCUGAACCAGACAGACAGCACUGUUACAGUCCUCCUCAAGCCUGCCCAAAGCAGAGGAGCACCAGUUAGUGUGUAUCAGGUGGUGGUGGAGGAGGAGAGGCCCAGGAGGGCGCGUGGUGGUGAGGCAGAGAUCCUGCGCUGUUACCCCAUCCCUGUUCACUACCAGAACGCCACCUCUCUCAACUCCAAAUACUACUUCACAGCGGAGUUUCCCUCCGGGGGCAUCCCCUCCCCUCAGCCUUUUACUGUGGGGGACAACAAAACCUACAGCGGCUUCUGGAACGCACCCCUGCUGCCUCACAAGAGCUACAGCAUCUACUACCAGGCUGUCAGCACUGCCAACGGGGAGACUAAAAUAGACUGUGUGCGAGUCGCUACCAAAGCCGCUAUUCUAGUGACACAGCUCACUACCCCCUACAUCCGCAUCGCUCCGGCUGCAGGCGACAACCAACUAACAGGAGCAGCGACUCACAAGCCAAACGCAGUUGAGCCCGAGAAACAGACCGACCACACAGUGAAGAUCGCCGGAGUCAUCGCUGGCAUUUUGCUCUUCGUCAUUAUCUUCCUCGGUGUGGUUCUGCUCAUGAAGAAACGAAGAACCUAUCACUCCUACACUUAUUACCUGAAACUGGCUAAGAAGCGCAAGGAGACUCUGAGCAGCACCCGGCAGGAGAUGACUGUGAUGGUGAACUCCAUGGACAAGAGCUACACAGAGCAGGGCACUAACUGUGAUGAGGCCCUCUCCUUCAUGGACACACACAACCUGAACAGCCGAUCUGGAUCUUCUCCUUGCUCCCUCACUGUGAAGACAAACACACUGAGCACAACUCUCCCAAACUCCUACUACCCAGACCCCUUUGUGCCCACCGCUAUAUUAGACGAGACCCAGACGAUGACCAGCGAAACCAGCAGCCUGGCACCAUCGCACACACACACACACUCCUCGCACACACACUCCCUGCGGAAGCGGGACGGGGUGGACGUCCCGUAUCAGACUGGGCAGCUGCACCCGGCCAUCCGUGUGGCCGACCUGCUGGAGCACGUCACUCAGAUGAAGUGCGCUGAAGGCUACGGCUUCAAGGAGGAGUACGAGAGCUUUUUCGAGGGACAGUCAGCGCCGUGGGACUCCGCCAAGAAAGACGAGAACCGGAUGAAGAAUCGCUAUGGAAACAUAAUUGCAUACGAUCACUCUCGGGUGCGUCUGCAGAGCCUGGAGGGAGAGCAGAGCUCCGAUUACAUUAAUGCAAAUUACGUUGAUGGCUACCAUAGGCCAAACCACUACAUCGCUACACAAGGACCCAUGCAAGAAACUGUUAUCGACUUCUGGAGGAUGGUGUGGCAGGAGAACACCGCAACCAUCGUGAUGGUUACAAACUUGGUGGAAGUUGGAAGGGUGAAAUGCUGUAAGUACUGGCCAGACGAUACAGAGAUCUACAGAGAUAUGAAGGUGACGCUAAUAGAGACCCAGCUCCUGUCUGAGUACGUGAUCAGAACCUUCGCUGUGGAGAAGAGAGGAGCCCAUGAGAUUCGAGAGAUUCAGCAGUUUCAUUUCACAGGCUGGCCAGAUCAUGGUGUGCCCUACCAUGCUACAGGCCUGCUGGGCUUUAUCCGCAGAGUGAAAGCGAAAUCACCUGCUAAUGCUGGCCCUAUUGUGGUCCACUGCAGUGCGGGAGCAGGACGAACAGGUUGCUUCAUUGUGAUUGACAUCAUGUUGGACAUGGCUGAGAGGGAAGGUGUGGUGGACAUCUACAACUGCGUUCGAGAGCUUCGAUCUCGUCGGGUCAACAUGGUCCAGACUGAGGAGCAGUAUGUCUUUAUUCAUGAUGCCAUCCUGGAGGCAUGUCUCUGUGGUGAUACUACCAUUCCAGCUAAUCAGCUUCGCUCUGUCUACUACGACAUGAACCGAUUGGAUCCCCAAACCAACUCAAGUCCAAUUAAAGAGGAGUUCAGGACUCUGAACAUGGUGACCCCUACUCUCCGUGUGGAGGACUGCAGUAUUGCCUUGCUGCCGCGAAACCACGAGAAGAACCGCUGCAUGGAUGUUCUCCCACCUGACCGCUGCCUGCCUUUUCUCAUCACCAUAGACGGAGAAAGCAGCAACUACAUCAACGCUGCUCUUAUGGAUAGUUAUAAACAGCCUUCUGCAUUCAUCGUCACUCAGCAUCCCUUGCCAAACACAGUGAAAGAUUUCUGGAGACUGGUGCUGGAUUAUCACUGCACGUCUAUUGUUAUGCUCAAUGAUGUGGACCCUGCCCAGUUGUGUCCUCAGUACUGGCCAGAGAAUGGGGUACAUCGGCAUGGCCCUCUGCAGGUGGAGUUUGUGUCAGCUGAUCUUGAGGAGGAUAUAAUCAGCCGGAUAUUCCGCAUUUACAAUGCUGCCAGGCCUCAGGAUGGCUAUCGUAUGGUGCAACAGUUCCAGUUCCUGGGCUGGCCUAUGUACAGAGACACACCUGUGUCUAAACGCUCCUUCCUCAAACUCAUCCACCAGGUGGACAAAUGGCAAGAGGAGUAUGAUGGUGGAGAGGGACGCACCGUGGUGCACUGCUUGAAUGGCGGGGGACGCAGCGGAACAUUUUGUGCUAUCAGCAUUGUGAGUGAGAUGUUGCGACACCAGCGUUCAGUUGACGUGUUCCACGCUGUCAAAACACUGAGGAACAACAAACCCAACAUGGUGGACUUACUGGACCAGUACAAGUUCUGCUAUGAAGUGGCUUUGGAGUAUCUUAACUCUGGCUAGCUGUGCUAGCCCUCAAAAGACUCUGACAACACUUUGAGAUAUUUUGCCACAGUGGACGCUCGGUGUGUGGACAGCUCUUUCCAGUUCAGUGUGCGUGUGUGUAUGUGUGUGUGUAUGCCUGCGGAUGUGUGUGUACAGUAUGCUUGUAUAUUUCAAAACAGACAGAUGUUCAUUUAUCCAAUUGGGCUUUCUUCAACAACCUGCAAGAGCACAAUAUAUCGUCCGAGAGUUCUGCCAUCCUCUGCACUCUAACUGAAAUGUGUAUUCUAAGUAAAGCAGCUGAUGUCCACCUCACCCCUUAUGAGUUUAAGGCCUUUUCUGCGGUCUUCAGCCACAAGAUUUUAUCAUGUUUCAGCUUUGCGCAAGACUUUGUGUGCGUCCUUGUAGUGUAUUUCAUUUCUUACUGACCUGCGCUGAAUUGUGAGUGGACACUACUAGGCAAAAAUCAAGAUUAAAUGUUAUUUUGAUGUGCAAAUCAAUCUUAAUAUGGUCAUUUACAAAGAGUUUGUGGAAGCCCUGAAGAGUAAGGUAGAGAAAAGGGGAAAAAAAUAUCAUGUCAGUUUUCUACCAAACAUGAUUUUAACAUAUUUCUGUCUUUUUUUUCUUUUAACUAAUGACAAACUGAGAAACUGAGAAAAUGUGUUUUUUGUAUUUACUGUCAUCGAUCAGAUGUUGAGUCAUUCAGACUCAAGGUUCAUAUAAUGUCACUAAAGUAUCAGUCACUGCUUCUGAUAUUGCUUCCUGGGUCUCAAAGUUCAUAGAACACAUUCUGCCCUUUUCUUAACACCAGACAUUGCGGGUGCUUUUCUGAGUGAGCACAAUGACAUUAGCAUUUGCUACAUAAUAAUAAUAAUAAUAAUAAUAAUAAUAAUAAUAAUAAUAAUAAUAAUAAUAAUAAUAAUAAUAAUAAUAAUAAUAUUUUAUGUAUAUAGCGCCUUUCCUGAAAACUCAAAGCACUUAACAACACAGCCAUAGACAAAAAGCAUAGUGAAUAAAAACAAGCAUGCAAGCACUUACACGUAACAGUGUUUAUACAUAAAAAAGAGACCAGUAUAACCAUAGUCUACAUAGAUAUAUACAAAUUCAUUUCAUUUUGAAUUUCAAUUCAUUUCACUUCUUAAGCUGUGUUUACACUGGCAGGCUUCAGAUUGCUUGCUUUACCCCAAGUUUGUUUGUUGUACCAGCUUGGCCAGUUAGCAAGCUGGCUAAUCUAGCAAGCUGCUUACAAAGCAGUCCUUUACUUGCAUGCUUCAUAUUUAUUUGAAUUGCCCCUGUUUGUGUCAAAUAGACCAUAUAAAACAGGAAAAAGAAGAAAUGGUGGCCAUAAGCCUAUCUAUCUUUCAUGUUUAGAACCACACUGUUAGGAAUAGUAACAAAAUGUGGUAGGAGAAUUUUUUUUGUUCAGUUGGUUUAGAACGUUGCUUAAUCACUUUACUGCCUCAGUCACCUGCUAGUGUGAACACAGGGUUAAGAGACAGAUAUACUUGCUGUUUGUCUGUGCACUCUCAGACAUUCUAACUGCAUAUGUGCUAAGUGUGAUACUGGAGGAAAGAGAGACAAAUAGAGGUUUCUAUUUACCAAAGUGGCAAGGUUACAUAAUGCAGGAUACAAAUGCAUGAAGAUAUAUGAAAUAGCCAUCAUCUUUACCCAAAGUACAUAUUGACAAGUGGUUGUUUGACUAAUUAUGCAAAACAUGAAACAUUCCACACUGCCUAAGCCAUCUUUAUGGAUGUAACUGAUAUUGUCUCAGACAGUAUGCCUUAACAAUGGGCCUCAUUCACCAAUAUACACCAAUAAAAAUGGUUGGAUUCACAAUGUUGAACUUUAAACUGCAGAAUAGUAUGGAGCUCUGUUCUUACAAAGAUGUAGUACAAUCUCCUCGUAAACUCUAAGCUCUAGAAAACGGCAUAAAUGGACUUUGAUUUUUUUUAUGGAACAGUAUGUAAAUAAUGUCCACUGUGAAUUAACAUAGUAAUGUCUUUAAUGUCACCUAAUGAGACAGACUGGUUAUAUU